ACCCACACGCGCCACACUCCGGCACAACAACAAUCACUGCACACAAUUCAAAUAUCGCGCGCAUCGCAUGAUAUCGGCCCGGGACUAUCGGACUACCGACGAAUCGAACUACCGCACGCGCGAGCUUACAACAGACGUUUUCCAACACCGGCGCGCGCUUAGCGAAGAGAACAGCUGACUGCUGAUACGUGCGUGGUUCGCGGCAGGAAUUACAUAAAGUUUUGAGCCUCUGACGACAUACUCCCGAACAUUCGCCACCGGUCGAACCCCCUGCGAAAGAUCACCUUUUUCCCCACCAUGUACAGAAUAGCUGCCCUUGCGCGGGAUCGGGCCUGCCUCUUCUCGUGCCAGCAGGCGUCGCAGAAUCUGCAGCAGCAGCAGGUGAGCCUUGGGCUGUUGAAACCCCAAGGAGCACCAGGACUAAGUCAUGACUUUACUCCGCAGCCGCGGUUUUACAGCGCGCCAGGUCGCAGGGCCGGCUUCUUCUCGCAGUUCUUCGACAACAUGAAAUCGGAGAUGGACAAGAACAAGGAAAUCAAGGACAACAUCCGAAAGUUCCGCGAGGAGGCCCAGAAGCUGGAGGAGUCGGACGCGCUGAAGUCGGCGCGGCAGAAGUUCAACAUUGUCGAAUCCGAGGCGCAGAAGUCGUCCAGUAAGCUAAAAGAGCAGCUGGGCGCCAUUAAGGAGCGCGUGGGUGAUGUCCUGGACGAUGCCAGCAAGUCGGACCUUGCCAAGAAGGUCACCGAAGAGCUUUCGAAGAAGGCCAGGGGUGUCAGUGACACGAUCACGGACACCAGCGGCAAACUGGGACAGUCCGGUGCCUUCCAGGCCAUCUCCAACACGACGACGAUCAUCAAGAAGGAGAUGGACAAUGCGAGCAUAGACAAUCGGGUCUAUCGCGCGCCCGCCCAGCUGCGGAAGCGCAUCCAGCUGGAUUUAAGCGACAGCGAUCGCGUUGUGGAGCCUAACACGGAGGCAACUGGCAUGGAGCUGCACAAGGACUCGAAGUUUUACGAGUCGUGGGAGAAUUUCAAGAACAACAACACCUACGUGAACAAGGUUCUUGACUGGAAGGUUAAGUACGACGAGUCUGAAAACCCCGUGAUCCGUGCCUCCCGCCUGCUUACCGAUAAAGUGUCCGAUGUGAUGGGCGGCCUCUUCUCAAAAACAGAGCUAUCCGAAACGAUGACGGAGCUGGUGAAAAUCGAUCCAAGCUUCGAUCAGAAGGAUUUCCUGCACGAUUGCGAAACGGACAUCAUUCCAAAUAUUCUGGAGUCGAUUGUCAGGGGCGAUUUGGAGAUACUGAAGGACUGGUGCUUCGAGAGCACGUUCAACAUUAUAGCCACGCCCAUCAAGGAGGCAAAGAAGGCCGGCUUGUACCUGGACUCGAAGAUCCUCGACAUCGAGAACAUCGAGCUGGCCAUGGGCAAGGUGAUGGACCAGGGCCCCGUGCUGAUAAUCACGUUCCAGGCGCAGCAGAUCAUGUGCGUUCGGGACCAGAAGGCUCAGGUCGUAGAGGGCGAUCCGGAGAAGGUGAUGCGGGUACACUAUGUCUGGGUGCUGUGCCGCGACCGCAACGAACUCAACCCCAAGGCUGCCUGGCGGCUGAUGGAGCUGUCCGCCAAUAGCCAGGAGCAAUUUGUUUAGCGCGCUGCUACGCCUUUCUUUUUUACCGAGCCGUUUAAGUUUCCCUCAUUCUCUCACCCACAAAACGAACGAAAAGAUCACUGGACACUGAGCAUUGACGACGAAUUGACCACGAACUCGACCCGCAGGACUCUAUCAAGUGUGUACAAAGGUUUCGCUUUCGAUUGCUUUGAAAGUUUUGUCCGCCACUAGUCGACUGCGUCCGCCCGGCAGGGGCUGCUGGUCGGUCCCGCGAAAGAUUCCCCCUCGAAUUGCGGGCGCAGCAAACUGCCGGUUCCGGCCCGGCUCAUCCCCCAACGACGCCCCCGGUCGGCCGUUCCUCGCGGCCACGCCCCCCACCGGUCCACGUCCGACGAGGACGGCGACAGCGAGCGGUGCGGGGAGUGGCCGUCGGGAUCGUGGUUCCUCCGCUGGUGUCCCGGCCAAAUCUAAAACGUUGAAGCUUAAAGUGCAGGCGUGCUAUGUCGCUGGCAUAGGCGUAUAAGUAGUGACCAUAAGACAAAUUGUUGAGUAUAGUUGAGUUUAGGUAUUUUAAGGCCCCACCCCAUCCCGACCCCAUCAUCCAGAUCCCGACCCCGUCUCUUGUAAAUAUGGAAUUCGCCCAGGGCAGCUUGGGCACCGCAAAUUGACUGUACACACAGAAUCCAAAGAGUUGUACGUACACCCGAGCGCAACUCAGAAUGUCUAGAAAAAAAUAAAUACUUCAAUAUUUUUAGAUAUACCAUUAAA